UCCUCCGUGUAGGACACCUCCGUAUGGACCAGGUGGCCUUGUCUCGAGCACGGUCCUUCCCGGAGGUUUUGCAGAGAUCCUUUGGGCGCCCGGGCCCUCCGAAUCUGCCAUUCUCGUGCUGAGGUGGCUGCCUGGCUCCAAUGGGCGGGGCUGUUUUCCGUGGAAUCUUCUAGGCAGUUUCCCCUUCCCUCUACUGAUACUUGCAAAAUAAUAUAUGUGUGUGUUUAUAUAAUAUGUUUGUACCCAGGUAGGAUUCCCCCCUCCAUCUGCUUUCUAGCCAUUUCACUAUCUCGUCCUUGGUUUUCAGUGGUUUUAUUUCCCUGUAAAAGCACGCUUUUGUCCAUCUCCCUCCAAUAACUUCCCUCCGUUCUCCCUCUGCCUUCUCCUCCCAGCUUUUGUAAUUUGAAAGAUUUCAUACCUACAGCCAAGUUGCAGGCAUAGUUUAGUGACAACGCUGAGUGUGUGUGUUUGUGUGUGUGUGUGGUUUUGAACCAAGCACCUUGUAUGUGCUAGGCAGUCACUAUCAUUGAGCUCCAUCUUUUAUGUUUAUUUUAAUCAUUCUAAGGUUUAUGGAGUUAUCUCUUCCGUAAGUCUUUUCGCCAUCAUUUUAUAAAUGUGUGUGUGAGAAUUUGUGUGAAUUAGGACUUAGAAUAUUUUCCCAUCUGAAAAAGCAGUAAAAGAAAUAUGCACUCUUGUCAGGCAUGAUGAUGCAUGCCUGCAAUCCCAACACUUGAGAGAGGAGCAGUUCUACACAAGCUAGCACAGUCUCAUAACUGAAUUUAUUUCCUGAAUUUUUAAUGUACCAUCAAGGUGCCAGCUGGUGAGUAGUCCAAUAGAUCUGAUCCUGGUGGGCUCAACACACUUAAAAAACAACAGUAACAACAAAAAACCUGGCUAUGUGGGCAUACCAUGUAGUUUAUCCUCUUAAGGUGUAUAGUUCAGCAUUUUUGUUGCUAUUUUUGCUUGAGACAGGGUCUCUCUAUGUAGUCUUGACUGGCCUGGAAUUUGCUAUAUAGACCAGGCUGGCCUUGGACACAGAGAUCCACCCACCUCUGUUUCCUGGGUUCUGGGAUGAAAGGCCAGCAUCACCAUGCCUGGCAAUUUUAGAACCUUUUCAUCAGUUACCACCCCAAAGGAAACCCAUACUCACCCCUCCUCCCCAAAGAAAACCCAUACUCAUUAACUAUCACUUUUAUCUCCUCCAUCUCUCCUUGCUGUAGCCUUUUUUGUCUGUUUUGGAGAUUCAUAUAACUAGUUGUAGACUCUGUGGUCCUUUGUGUCUGGUUUCUUUGACUUAGAAAACUUCUUCAAAAUUCAUCCUUGUUAUAGAAUUUAUAUGUACUUUGCUCAGUUUUGUAAUACUCUGUGGAUUUUUAUUUCUUCAGUGUAUUUUGUUUUGGAUGUCACAAAUAAUGCUGUGAACCUUUUAAGAAUAGCUAUGUGUUUUUCUGUCUUGUGGAAUAGCUACACAGAAGUGGACCUGAUUACAACAUCUUAGUGAAUACGAAGUGAUAUCUCAUUGUUGCUUUGAUUUGAGUUUUUCUCGUGGCUAGUGAUAUUGAGCAUCUUUUCUUUUGCUUAUUGUUUACUUGCAAGCUAGGAAGUGACCCCUUCCCUAAACCUGAGCAUGGUUUUGGAUUUCCCAAACUCCAGGACUGUGAGAUACAACUUUAUGUCACUUAUGCCAUGAGACUAUUGUGUAUUUGAAUUCAGAAAGCAAUCUAAAGCAAGACAAGAUCUUUGCUUUGUUCAUUUAAAAAAUGUGGGUUGUCAUAUUUAUUUAUUUAUUGAGGGGCAGGGUCUCCUUUCAAGUGCUGGGAUUAUAGGUGUGCCUCACCAUGCCUGUCUCAUUUUAUUAUUGGCUUUUGAGUUUUAUGUGUUCUAGAUAUGUUGUCUCCCAUCUGGUGUGUUUCUUUUGACUUUGUUGGUUGUGUUAAGUCUUAGGCUUUGAUAAAAUAAGUAUUAGUUCUAGGUGAAAUUAAAUUUGUAUUUAUUUAUUUAUUCAUCUGUUUAUUUAAAAAAAAUUCUCAAGGUAGUUACCCACCUUAUUCAGAAGACAAUCAUGAUCUGAACUUAGGUAGAACUUGUCAGAUCUUAAAUUUUUUACUUUUUAUUUUAAUUUUAUGUGUAUGGGUGUUUUGUUUGUGUGUAUUCAUGUGCACCAUAUGCAUGCAGUGCUCACAGAGACAAAAAGCAGGUAUUUGAUUCUCUGGGACUGGAGUUAGAGAUAGUUCUGAGCCUUCAUGUGGAUGCUCGGAAUCGUUCAUGGGUCCUUUGCAAAAACAGCAAGUGCUCCUCACUGUUGAACCAUCUCUCUAGCCCUCUCGUUUUACAUUUUUUUAAAUAAAAAUUUUUUUUUAAUUUAUUUUACAUAACCAACCACAGUUUCCCCUCCAUCCUCUCCUCCUGUUCCCUCCCUCCACAUCCCUUAAAUCCCCCUCCCCUCAUCCACUCCUCCUUUCAGAAAGGGUAAGGCCUCCCUUGGCAGUCAGCAAAACAUGCCAUAUCAAGAUGAUGCGGGACCAAGCUCCUCCCCCCCUGCAUCAAGCUUGAGUGAGGCAUCACACUUUAGGGAAUAGGUUCCAAAAAGCCAGCUCAUGCACUAGGAGCCCCACAAACAGACCAAGCUACACAACUGUCACCUACUUGCAGAGGGUAUAUGUCGGUCCCAUACAGGCUUCCUAGCUGUUGGUCUAGAGUUUGUGAGCUCCCAUGAGGUUGGGUCAUCUGUCUCUGUGGGUUUCCCCAUCAUGAUCUUGACCCUGCCUUGCUCGUAUAAUCUUCCUCCCUCUUUUCCGCUGGACUCCUGGAGCUUGGCCCUGUGCUUAGCUGUGGAUCUCUGCAUCUGCUUCCAUCAGUUACUGGAUGAAGGGUCUAUGAUGACAUAGGGUAGUCACCAAUCUGAUGACAGGAGAAAGCCAGUUCAGGUAUCCUCCCCACUAUUGCUAGGAGUCUUAGCUGGGGUCAUCCUUGUAGGUUCCUGGGAGUUUCCCUGGCACUAGGGUUUUUCCCUAACCUCAUAAUGGCCUGCUCUAUCAAGAUAUCGCUUUCAUUGCUGUCCCACUCCAUCCCUCCCCCAACUUGACCAUCCUGAUCCCUCAUGUUCCCAUCCUUUCAUUGCCUCCCAUUUAACCCCCUCCCGCCCCCAGUUUACCCAGGAGAUCCAUCUAUUUCCCCUUCCGAGGGCGAUCCACGCAUCCCUCUUAGGGUCCUCCUUGUUACCUAGCUUAUCUGGGCCUGUGGAUUGUAGCCUAGUUAUCCUUUGCUUUACAUCUGAUACCCACUUAUGAGUGAGUACAUACCAUGUUUGUCUUUUUGGGUCUGGGUUGCCUCACUCAGGAUUUAUUUCUAGGUCCAUCCCAUUUGCCUGCAAAUUUCUUUUUUUUUUUCCUUUCAUUUUUCUUUAUUAAGAAAUUUUCUACUCACUCCUCAUGCUAUCCACAGACCCCCCCUCCUCCCUCCUCUCAACCUCCAGCCCUCUUUCCCAAGUCACCCCACAUCCCCACAUCCCCCAAAUCGAGGUCUCCCAUGGGGAGUCAGCAGAGCCCAGCGCACUGAGCCUAGGCAGAUCCAAGCCCCUUCCCACUGCACCAAGGCUGUGCAAGGUGUCAUACCACAGGCACCGGGUUCCAGAAGCCUGCCCAUAGACCAGGGACAGAUCCUGAUCCCCCUGCCUGGGUUGCCCCCAAACGGUUCGAGCCAAACAACCGUCUUCUGUAUCCAGAGUUGCCUGCAAAUUUCAUGAUGUCAUUGUUUUUUUUUACCACUGAGUAAUACUCCAUUAUGUAAAUAUACUACAUUUUCUUUAUCCAUUCUUUGGUUGACGGGCAUCUAGGUUGUAUCCAGGUCCUGGCUAUUAUGAAUAAUGCUGAUAUGAAAAUAGUUGAGCAUGUGUCCUUGUGGUAUGAUUGAGCAUCCUUUGGGUAUAUGCCCAGUGGUAUCUCUGGUCUAAAGGUAGAUUGAUUUGCAUUAUUUUGAGAAACUGCCAUACUGAUUGCCCAGAGUGGCUGUACAAGUUUGCACCCCUACCAGCGGGGGAGGAGCGUUCCCCUUACUCCUCAUUUUAUUUUUAAGUCCUCUAAUAUUUCUUAGGAUAUUCUUUCCCUUUAAAAAUACGUUUUUCAUUUAUUACACAUAGGGAUUGUAUAUAAAUGGAGUAUAGUGUGAGAAGUGAACUCACUAGCAUUCUGUUUUAUUUUUUUUAGUCAAGUUAAUAGUAGGUGGUAAAAGUAUAGUCAUAAUUUUAAUCAUACAUAAAAUGCCUCAAAUUUUACAUGUUCAAGCAUUUUUCCCCCUUUUUCUUGUAAGGUGGCAAAAGUGGUAGCCAAGCUUGAAUUUUCUUUUUAGUGGAAGAGCAAGGUGCAUACUAUGUUGUUCUGGAGCACCACCCAGUGGGAAUUUAUGGUUCAUCCAAAUGAAAUUAGGAGCAGUGGAUAAUUGUGUUUUAGCUAACAGCCAUUCUAGGAACACCAUGAUUUACCCACAGCUGCAGAUGUGGUUUUUCUAUUCAUACUAGUAGUAUAUACAAUCCAUCAGUCAUAACAGCUUGGAGAAAAUCCAUAGCUAGCCGUGGGUCCCCAUGGCUGUUCACCUGCUACAUUGUUACUGUUUGUAAUGCUGGGACUGGAACACAGGGUAUUUAUUAGACAGGCUAGGUCAGCUCUCUUCCAAGAUACACUCCUAGCUCUGUGGUCUUCUUUUUUCACUAUAAGCAUUAAAGAAUAAUACUUUCUGUCCAAGAACUAACUUCACUGCAGCCCCGUUUGUCAUGUUUUGUGAUAAUAGCAUUUUUAUUCUUGUUUACUUAUAGUUAUAUUCUUAUUUUUAUCAAGGUUUUCGUUCUGUCCAUCACUGAAAAAUAGGUCAUCAUGUUAAUACUUUUCCAAAGAAGCACAGUAUGGAACAUGAAACUGAAAAUAAUAGCUCAGAAUGUUUCUGAAGAAGAAGAAGAAGAAGUUUCCUUUGAGGUAGAAAUGGAAGGAUUUAAAAGAGAGGAAUCCUGCCUCCCCAUUUUAGGUGACAAUUGGGACUGUGAGAACCAGGAAAGAAAUUUAAGGCAGUCUCCUUUAAUUGAUGAGAAACCAGGGGCUCAGGAAGCAAACUGUGACCAUCUUGGUUUGGGGGAGCAUUUGAGUACAAAUCCAGCCCUUCUAGCAACAAAUGGCUUUCAUGUUCAUAACUCAGAUACUAAAACUUUUGAUUGUGAGCAGACCCUACAUAGUUGUCCCCAGAGUUAUACAGCGAGGGGAACUGGUGAUAGUGAUGCUUGUGAAAAAGCCAUCCACUCUUCCAUGGAAGUCACUCAGCCUAUAAGAAACCAAAUGAGAGACAAACCAUAUAAAUACGCAGAAAGUAUUAAAUCUCUAAACUACUUUACUACUCCCCUUUGUGAUAAAAAAAUUAAGAAAAGAAGCAAGAAAUUUUACAAAGGUAAGGACUUUGGGGACAUUUUGGCCCUGAGCUCAUCUCUUAAUGAAAAAAGAAGUCAUUCCAUUGAGAAACCCUAUAAAUGUACUGAAUGUGGCAAAUGCUUCAAACGGAACUCUUCUCUUGUUUUACACCACCGAACUCACACUGGUGAGAAACCUUAUACCUGUAAUGAUUGUGGAAAAUCAUUCUCCAAGAACUACAACUUGAUUGUACAUAGAAGGAUUCAUACAGGAGAGAAGCCCUAUAAAUGCAGUAAAUGUGGGAAAGCUUUUAGUGAUGGAUCAGCUCUGACACAGCACCAGAGGAUUCACACAGGUGAGAAGCCUUAUGCAUGUCUAGAAUGUGGAAAAACUUUCAACAGAAAUUCAUCCCUGAUUUUGCAUCAAAGAACUCAUACCGGGGAAAAACCAUAUAGAUGUAAUGAAUGUGGGAAACCCUUCACUGACAUCUCUCACCUUACUGUACAUCUCAGAAUCCAUACUGGUGAGAAGCCUUAUGAGUGCAGCAGAUGUGGAAAGGCUUUCCGAGAUGGCUCAUACCUCACCCAGCAUGAGAGGACACACACUGGAGAGAAGCCUUUUGAAUGUGUAGAGUGUGGGAAAUCCUUCAAUCGCAACUCUCACCUCAUUGUGCAUCAGAAAAUUCAUUCUGGGGAGAAACCCUAUGAAUGUAAAGAGUGUGGGAAAACUUUCAUUGAGAGUGCAUACCUCAUCAGGCAUCAGAGGAUUCACACUGGUGAGAAGCCCUAUUGUUGUAACCAGUGUCGUAAACUCUUCAGGAACAUCGCUGGACUUAUCCGGCAUCAGAGGAUUCAUACUGGUGAAAGGCCUUAUGAGUGUAAUCAGUGUGGUAAAGCUUUUAGGGAUAGUUCCUGUCUGACCAAACACCAGAGGAUUCACACUAAAGAGACUCCAUACCAGUGCCUGAAGUGUGGAAAGUCCUUCAGGCAGAAUACUCACCUGGUAGUACACCAGCGACUUCAUAACAGGGAGGGUCCCAGCCAGUGUCCUCAUUGUGGGAAAAUAUUUAGAAGGAGCUGGUGUCUUGUCCGACAUCAGAGAACACACAUUAAAGAGCAGCCUGUGGAAGCAUAAUGAACGUGGGCCAUAUUCUUCUUGAGUGAACAAAGGAGAUGUAUCUUCAUAUAUGACUUCCCUUGUUAACAGAAAAGAAUUUGAAUAUGAAAUAUUCUAUUAUCCCAUUAAUUCUGUUAUUAGGGAACUCCUGAAGAGAGGAUUGAAUGGUAAUCAAUGUAGAAAAGACUUCAGGGAUGAUUAAGCCUAUACCAAACAUGUAGUGCAUACACUGAAAUAAAGUACCCAGAAGUGAGGAUAUUUCCCUAGAAAUACCCAUCUAACUACAUCAGGAUACUUAAAUUGGAAAGAACCUGUGAAUGCAUUCAGUAGCUAAUCAGUAGGAGGCAUCUUUAAUAGAGAGUAUCACCUUAUUGUAUAUAAGCAAAUGAUGAUUAGACUCUAAGCUUCUAAGUUUAAUUAGGAAGAGAAGCUUUUGUCAGGAGGUUUUACUGUCUUUCCUGUAUCAGCAAAGGCAGGCAUAGUGGUGAGAGGUCUCACACAAUGCCCCACAACAACCACAGGGUUUAGUUGAGUUUGCUGUUUGAAUGCACUUCUGUUUUAUGGUGCUGCCAGAACACUGAGGACUCAUUUAAUGAGGUGAAACUGGAUGUAAGAGUUGCUUGUGAUUGAAAUGAAUUUGUCCCUCUUAAUACUAAAGUACUCUCCAUGAUGGAAAGGGCUGCUUCUAAGAAAUGGGAUCCAUUGCUUUAGUUGUUGAACAAGAAAACAUUGAAUUGUAUUUCAGUUAUCACUUGCCUUCAUCAUUGUUGAUCAUUUAGGAUACGAAUUUGUUUAGAGUUCAAGUCCUUUGAAGCAAAAUCCAAAGGUUUUGUUGCCAUACUAAAAGUACUCAAAUCAUUGCAAAAGAAGGCAUAGAAUAAAUCUAUUAUUAUUAUAGUCGUGUUAAGUGUGUUCAUAUUUGGCUAUAGGUUAGCAGUGUAUGAUGGAAAAAAUUUAAUGGCUUUCUUAGGGGACUACAAUUGUGUAAUUUCACCUUUUUAUACAUUUUUAUUUAAUAACUUGAUGAUGUAUAUAGAAGUGAAGCUAAAAGGAAGUGAAUUUGGUGUUUUCUUGGAUCUUUGCCAGUGGAUAGAGGCCAAAGAUAUUGUUAGACAUCCUACAAAGGCUAGAUUAUGGUUACAGGAAGCUGUAAGAUUCUACAGGUGUAUAUAAACAGAAACUUCUCUGGAAUCAGCAUCCUGAGCCUAGAAUCAUUUCCUUUGGAACUUGGAUUAUAAAGAUUACGGCAUUGUGGAGGGAGAGGCUUAUCAGCUUGAGGAUAGGGAAGAGAAAGUUACAGAAAAAUCUGGAUAAUCCUAGCAUCUUUCUCAGUGCAGUGCUGUCUGAAUGAAAGCCAGACAAUUUGGUUGAAAGCUUCAAAGGCCUGUGAGUAGCUCUCCUGGUAAUUUUGACUUGAUCUUGUUUUCUAUCUUCUGGUUCCUAUGGAGGGGGAAUCUUAAGUCUAUUUUGAAAUAAUUAAGGCUGUUGAGUAGAUUCAUAAGGAAGUCAAACAUCUCACUCUUCUGUAUGGAUGCCCUUCUUUGACAGGGAGAACUAUCAUAUGAUGGGGAUGGAGCACUUGUUAUUCCUGCAGAGGACCUAGGUUCAGUUCCUUGCAUCCACAUGGUGGAAAAGCUAUUGGUGCCUAGUAGAUAGAGGCCAAAGAUAUUGUCUGAUUCCUACAAAGAUAGCCCCUGGAACAGUUAAUUCAUCUCAGAAUAUUAAGAGUGCUGAAAUUGAGGUAUAUAUUUCUUUUCUGUACUUUUCAAUCUCAUCAUUAAAAAGAUUAGUCUCAUGCUCCCAUGAUGUACACAAUCAUUUGUAACAGUCUGUAGCAGUGGUUCUCAACCUUCCUAAUGCUGUGACUCUCUAAAUAGUUCCUCAUGUUGUGGUGACUUCCAACCAUAAAAUUAUUUUCUUUGCUACUUAAUAACUAUAAUUUUGCUACUGUGAUGAAUUGUAAUGUAAAUAUCUGUGUUUUCCAAUGGUCUUAGGUAACCCCUGUGAAAGGAUCAUUUAACCUUAAUGGGGUCAUGACACAGGUUGAGAACUGCUGCUGUAUAGUGUUAUGUGUAUCAGUAAGAAAUAUGAAAACCCCCAGUGGACUGUCCACAUCAUUCAAGGGCUGGACACUUCGUGUCUGUUAUUCUCAAGUAAAACAUGAAUGUACCGCAGUGUUAAUGUUAGACUGUUCCUGCUUCUUAAUUCUACAUUCUAGAUUCUAGAACAGGAAAUCAGCACCAGACCAGGUAUGGUCUGAGGGCAAGUACCCCAAGGAAGAGGGGUCAGCUAUGAAAUUGGAGUGAGUCCACAUGGGGUUUGUGUGAUGUGUGAAUUGUUUUCCCUUGCUCUUUUCUAAAAUUAGUUUUUAAAAAUGAUCAAGAAUAAUUGUUGUAAUGACAAAAACUACUCUAUAGAAGAUGGAUACUUCUUGCUAAGGAGGUAAAGGUGAGAUUUGAAUUGGGAGAAUUCCAGAUGACUCCCAAUGCAGCCUGGGCAAUUGUCGCUGUUAGGCCUGAAUGACUGGGGAGUAGGACAGAGAGGAGACUGUCCUAGCCUAUCAAGAUAAGUCCCAUUUAAUCAUAGGCUCUUAGUAGGCAGAGAACUUUGGCUGGAAUCAGAUGCAGAAAGUGAAGGUAGAGUAAUUCAAAGAAUGAACAUUUAGUUUACUUUUUUUGUCUUUGAUGAGCAUUUAAUUUACUUGUUCCUGGCUUUAAGGCUGAACUGUCCACAAUGUGAGUGGCUUCUGAAAGCCAGAGGCAAGAAAAUGGGUUCUCUGCAGUGUCUCCCCAAGUGCUGGGAUUAACAGAAGGAACUAUUCCUGUUCUUAUUAGUCCAGUGUAAGUGAAUUGAUUCCAGUCUUAAAAUGGAGAGAACUGAUGUGUGGUUUUAAGCCACAGUUUUUUGUGAUAAUUUGUUGUGUUAUCUAUAGGUGAUAUAUCCCUCACUAUUUCUUCUAGACUCCCAACUGAAGUAUUUUGUGUGUGUCCUCUUUCUCAGCAAGUUAGUAAACCAACCCCUUCCACUCCAUACCCAUAAAAAAUGUAAAAAGGAAAAAAGAAUUCUGUCGGCUCUGGCUUCUGUCCUUCUACCAUUCUUAACAGCCCUGAAUUUUAGUGCUGAUUUAGAUUAUUAAAUCCUAUGAAUGUAUUUGGGUGUGAUGGCACACACCUUUAAUCCCAGCACUUGGGAAACAGAGGCAGGCAGAUCUCUUGUGAAUUAGAGGUUAGCCUGGUAUACCUAAUGAUUUCCAGGACAGCCAAGGCUACUAGUGAGACCCUGACUUAACAACAAAAAUAAAUAAUAAAAUCCUGUGAAUGAGUGAAAAGAAAUCUCAGAAAAGAUAGAGUAUAUUUCUCUUAAAUUUACUCCCAUCCCCUCCCACUUGUGUGGCUAAGAAGGCACAUUUCAGCAUCAUAAAGCAUGUGUAGAACCCAGGAAUGCCAUGGCUAGAGCAGGGUUUUCCAUCCAACAUGGAGAUUGUGGGAACAUUUAUAAUGAUGGCCACUGUCUUAAUAAUUUCCAUUAAUCUACAUCCUUUUGAUGCUAAAGUUAUCAGUGCUCAAGUAUGGCUGCAGAUUGUUCAUUAGACUGGGCCUCUUAGUUGUCUUGUUAGUUCAGCAACUGUGUAGAGUACCUGCAGUACUCCUAAGAGUUGGUACUACAGUAGAAUGCAGAACAAGGUGUUUACAAUUCAGCAGGGGAGAAAAACAGGUACACAUCAUAUAUCAGAUGGUUUUUGAGACCUGGAAGAAAAAUAAAGCUGAGAAGGGAUGGGGUGUAUGUGUUGGACAGAAGUGAUUACAGUUUUAAAAACAGGUCAGGGAAGUCCUCACUGAGAUGAUUCAUAAUGACCUAUGAAACAUGAGGGAAUGAGCCAAUAGUUACUUAGGGAAGAAUGUUCCUGCAGAGGCAAGAACAUAUUGUAUUUGAGGAACAGCCAGAAGACCACUGUGACGAGAAUGAGAUGAUGUGAGAUGGGGCCAGGGAGGUAACAGAGAGCAGUUAAUUAAAAUACUGCUGCCACUCCCCCCCACCCCCAAAUGCUAAGACAGCUAUGGUAACCUGUAUAAUUGUUGAAGAUACUCUUCCCCACAGAUGUAUUGCACAUCUCCAACCCGUGAAUUUAGGUUUGAUCAUUCACUUCAUUUCACAGUGAAGGGCAAUUACAUGUGUGACAUGUGAGGGGUGUGAGUGAUGUCAUGUAACAAGACGUUAGGGUUUAGGGAGGAGAAACCUUCCAUCAUGUCAGUUACAGGGAAGAGCAAUUAAAGAAGUGGCUUUAUUGCAGAGGCAGGUGAGGAGAACAAAACUUUGCGAAAAAAAUCCAUUUACAGAAAAACAUCUAUGACUCUGAAAAGAUAAAUGGUUUCAGAAUAUGAACAACCAAAUCUGAGCAGAAGAAAAUAACUAAUAACUAAUAUAUAAGUAUAUGCUUUAUCUAGGCUUAUUUAUGCUUUAACAGGCACUCAGCAUUCAUGGUCAUUUCUGAGAAACUAAUUUCAAGUUUUAAAAAUUAAGUGUCUUAUUCAGUGGCUCUUAGUAUUCUCUCAUAAUGUUGUUCAGUCACCUCCAUUCUGUAAUUUUGGGACAGUUUUCAUUAUCCACAAGAAAACUAAAUAUACACGUUAGCAUUCUUCUACUCCCCAAGACCCUGGCAACCAGUAAUCUAUUUUCAGUGUGUGUUGGGAAUUCUAUACUUUGUACGUCCAUUAAAAAAAAUAAAACGUGGCUUUUUGUCACUUUUUCAUUUCAUUUAGCAUAUGUUUUCAAGGUUCGUAUUGUACUAGGAUUCCUUUUUGUGGCUGAGAAAUAUGUCACCAUAUGAUUAAAACUAUAUUUUUUGCGUAUUGGUUGAUGGAUAUUUCAGCUUCCACUUUUUGACUAUUAAGAAUAAUGUUGUUCUGAACACAUAUACAAACUCAUGUGCCAAUAUAUUUUCAGUACUCUUAGGUAAAUACUUAGGAGUGGAAUUGCUGGGUCUUUGCUUGCUUUCUGAGGAACUGAUGUCCGUAUCACUUGAACCACAUUGUUUCUACCAGUGAUGUAUGACUGUUUUGACUUCAUGUCCUUACCAGCAUUAUUUUGUGUCCUAGUGGUGUGCAGUUGUUACCUUGGGAAAAUUUUUUUUAUGUAGUUAAAAUAUAUACCUUAUCCCACAGGUUAGCAUUUUUUUUUUCUUCAGGGGAAAGAUAGUAUUUUAAACUGUGUACCAUAUCAUUUCUCCUGCAACUACUCAGCCACAAGUGACUGUAAUGUGGAAGUAGCUAUAUGUUGAGUUGUAAGCAAAUGAGUGUGAAUGUGUCCAAUAAAAUUUUAUUUAUGGAAUCUGAAA